GAAGAGCUGGGAGGCCCGAGCCGUCCCAGGGUGCCCCGCGCGGCGUGGACUCGGGCAGCUGCCGCCAUCCCGCUGGCGAGGUGGAGAGAGAGGCCCGCCCGCUUGCCGGUCGGGCCAGUGUGGGCCAGUGCGUGAGGGCGCGAGGGGCCGUGUCAGCGAGACGCAGAGCGCAGCCGCCACCACCAAACGGACAUGUUGGAGCCCAGGGCCGCCGCCGCCGCCUCUUUUUCCUCAUCCUCCGAACGGGACUGAGAGGGGGCCCGCCACCCCGCCGCCUCUGCCUCGGCCGCCCGCCCCGCCGCCUCGGCCGCAGCCUCUUCCUGCCCGGCCUCCAGCUCCGCAGCUCAUCGCCUCCGCCGGCCCCUCAGGCCCGGCCGGUUCCCCGGCCCCGCUCCGCCGCGGCGCGAGGUCUAUGUGACCGGCGGGCCCGGAUCAGCCGCCGCCGCAGCGCGAACAUGGACGCCGUCAACGCCUUCAACCAAGAGCUCUUUUCACUUAUGGAUAUGAAACCUCCCAUCUCUCGAGCCAAGAUGAUUCUCAUCACGAAAGCUGCUAUUAAAGCUAUUAAGCUUUAUAAGCAUGUAGUUCAAAUAGUAGAAAAGUUCAUCAAAAAGUGUAAACCAGAAUACAAGGUUCCGGGAUUAUAUGUAAUCGACUCAAUUGUGAGACAGUCUCGUCAUCAGUUUGGAACUGAUAAAGAUGUUUUUGGGCCAAGAUUCUCUAAAAACAUAACUGCCACAUUCCAAUAUUUGUAUCUUUGUCCAUCUGAAGAUAAGAGUAAAAUAGUUCGUGUGCUGAACCUUUGGCAAAAAAAUGGAGUAUUCAAAAUUGAAAUUAUUCAACCGCUUUUGGACAUGGCAGCAGGAACCAGUAAUGCCGCCCCAGUAACAGAAAACGUUACUAAUAAUGAAGGUUCACCUCCACCUCCAGUUAAAGUUUCUUCUGAACCCUCACAAGCCACUACAAACUCCAUACCAACUGUACCACAGUUGCCCAGCUCUGAUGCUUUUGCUGCUGUGGCCCAACUGUUUCAGACAACUCAAGGUCAACAGCUUCAGCAGAUCCUUCAGACUUUUCAACAGCCUCCAAAACCACAGUCUCCCGCCAUUGACAAUGCUGUGAUGGCUCAGGUUCAGGCUAUCACAGCUCAGUUAAAGACAGCUCCUACACAACCACCUGAACAAAAAGCUGCUUUCCCCCAACCUGAACAAAAAACUGCAUUUGACAAGAAGCUACUUGAUAGAUUUGAUUAUGAUGAUGAGCCGGAAGCUGUGGAAGAAUCAAAGAAAGAAGAUGCCGCCGCCGCCGCCGCCGCCACGGCCACCGCCGCCACCACAGCGCCUGCUGCUGCUGUUGCGCCCCCUGCACCUGCUGCUGCUGUACCUUCUGUUGCUGCGACUGCUGCUUCUCCUCCACAGGCACCCUUUGGAUUUCCUGGAGAUGGCAUGCAGCAACCAGCAUAUACCCAGCACCAGAACAUGGAUCAGUUUCAGCCUCGAAUGAUGGCAAUACAGCAGGAUCCAGUGCACCAUCAGGUUCCACUUCCUCCUAAUGGACAGAUGCCAGGAUUUGGCCUUCUUCCUACACCUCCAUUUCCUCCCAUGGCUCAGUCCGUGAUUCCUCCAACUCCACCCGUGCAGCAGCCUUUCCAAACUUCCUUUCAGGCACAAAGUGAACCACUUACACAAAAGGCACAUCAGGAAAUGGAAGUAGAACAACCUUGUAUUCAAGAGGUUAAGCGGCACAUGUCCGAUAACAGAAAGUCAAGAUCUAGAUCAGCAUCCAGGUCACCAAAAAGGAGACGAUCUCGAUCUGGUUCUAGAUCUCGAAGGUCUCGUCAUCGACGUUCUCGAUCUCGGUCCAGAGAUAGACGCCGACAUUCUCCUAGAUCUCGAUCCCAAGAAAGAAGGGAUCGGGAAAAAGAAAGAGAGCGCCGACAAAAAGGCCUUCCUCAAAUCAAACCGGAAACUGCUAGUGUUUGUAGUACUACACUCUGGGUGGGACAGCUGGACAAAAGGACUACUCAGCAGGAUGUUGCCAGUCUCUUAGAAGAGUUUGGUCCAAUUGAAUCAAUUAAUAUGAUUCCUCCCAGAGGUUGUGCCUAUAUUGUUAUGGUUCAUAGGCAAGAUGCUUACCGCGCCCUGCAGAAACUGAGCCGAGGAAACUAUAAAGUGAACCAGAAAUCCAUAAAGAUUGCCUGGGCCUUAAACAAAGGAAUAAAGGCAGAUUUUAAGCAGUAUUGGGAUGUAGAACUUGGUGUUACUUAUAUUCCGUGGGACAAAGUCAAGCCUGAAGAACUGGAGAGUUUUUGUGAAGGAGGAAUGUUGGACAGUGAUACACUUAAUCCAGAUUGGAAGGGAAUUCCCAAAAAGCAUGAAAAUGAAGUUGCUCAAAAUGGAGGGGCAGAAACCUCACACACAGAACCAGUAUCACCCAUACCUAAGCCUUUACCUGUGCCUGUCCCUCCUAUUCCUGUUCCUGCACCUAUAACAGUACCACCUCCACAGGUCCCACCACAUCAGCCAGGACCUCCUGUAGUUGGUGCUCUCCAGCCACCCACUUUCACGCCUCCUUUGGGAAUUCCCCCUCCAGGCUUUGGUCCUGGUGUUCCUCCUCCUCCACCUCCUCCACCAUUUCUGCGCCCAGGAUUCAACCCAAUGCAUUUACCACCAGGUUUUCUUCCUCCUGGACCCCCACCUCCUAUAACUCCACCAGUAUCCAUUCCUCCUCCUCACACUCCACCAAUAAACAUCCCAAACUCUACUAUCGCUGGUAUAAAUGAAGACACUACAAAAGACUUAUCUAUUGGAAAUCCCAUUCCAACAGUGGUGUCUGGGGCUAGAGGAAACGCCGAGUCUGGUGACAGUGUGAAAAUGUAUGGUUCUGCUGUGCCACCUGCUGCACCCACGAAUCUGCCCACCCCUCCUGUAACCCAGCCUGUUUCACUUCUUGGUACUCAAGGAGUUGCACCCGGCCCUGUAAUCGGGCUCCAAGCCCCAUCCACUGGUCUUCUUGGCGCCCGACCCGGCCUGAUCCCACUCCAGCGCCCGCCGGGAAUGCCUCCACCUCACCUGCCACGCUUUCCUUUGCUGCCGCCGCGCCCCGUGCCUCCGCAUAUGAUGCAUAGAGGCCCGCCACCAGGCCCCGGGGGCUUCGGGAUGCCUCCGCCUCACGGAAUGAAAGGUCCCUUUCCUCCCCACGGCCCCUUCGUCCGGCCCGGUGGAGUGCCAGGGCUCGGGGGCCCAGGGCCAGGCCCAGGGGGUCCCGAGGACAGAGAUGGAAGGCAGCCGCCGCCGCAGCAGCCGCCGCCGGCACCGCAGCCGCAGCAACAGCCGCCGACGCAGCCGCCGCCGAACCAGCCGCCGCCGACGCAGCCACAGCCCUUUAGAAACGAUAACAGGCAGCAGUUCACUUCAGGUGAAGAAAAUUCUAAGAAUAAAAGGGUCAACUGAAAGGAGGUGUCUACUGAAUGUUAACUGUCCUCUGGGGCAGGCAAAAGGGAGCCUAUCCUAGGUGGUGUUCUGUAUGAACCAGAUGCAGCUCUACGUAACUUGGGGCAACUGCUUCCCACAUAUUAAGCAAGUGAUGAUAACCUGCAGACGAAUGAAUAUUAGUACUGAGGUCCAUCCGAUUUCAGACUUAAGAUGCUCUGGUUAACUACAAGGGGGAAACCCAGUAGUGGCAAGAAAGUCUGGCCAUUUAAAAACUAGAUAAAGACCACUCCUGUUUCUGUAACACAGAUCUAAUUAAUAUGAUCAAAUGUAAUGUACUUUAUUACCGUAUCUUAGCAAAACAGUGUUCUUAACUGACCUAGAUCAUUAAUUCAUCUUCACUGUAAUCGUCCAAUAAAAUAACUGCUUUUCCUAAUCUGAACUAAAAGUACAAUUUAUAUGGAUCCUUAGAAACCAGGACUAAUAAUCAUGAAAACAUAUGUGACCAUGUGUUAGAAGUAAUUUUAUGCAUAUGCUUAUUAUAUGAACACUUACCACCAUUGUGCGGCCAAUGAUGGAAUGGUCUCCGCUGAGUGAGAUUAUAGGAUCUUCAAUAUACACUUUGGCCACACCACUUUGGUCAGCCUUCACAUUGCCCAGGUCUCCAACAUGCCUAACAUUGAAAAAGCAUUAGAGGGAUUAGGACUGGUUUCUAUUUAACUUUAGUUCAUGAGCUAAAUUAAAAAUGGACUGAGUCAGAUAUACAAGGGUGGGCUAAGAGGUGGAUAUAGUCUAUAUCAAAUAGAACCCACUUUUCCAGACUGACAAAACCUUGAAAACAUGUAAGUUUAAAAACAAGUAACUAGAUGUUCUAGACACACAGCUCUUCAAACACAGGCUUCAAGUCUAUAAAGCAAUGCUCUGGGAAGAGUGGUGGGAUGGGGUGCACCUCUAAUUUCAUAGGUAAAGGACCAAAGGGUAAACUCUAAGUUACUGAGUUACGCCUGUUAAUUCCUGGCAUGGCAGAGCUAUGCCCCUAGGCCUCUGAUAUAAAAAUAAAUUAAUCCUUGUCCUUUAAGUUUAAUAUUUUCCUGAAAGGCCCUCAGAAAACAAAUACAUACAAAUGGGAGUCUCACUGAAUUUUCAAUAUCAAAUUUUUACCUACAAACCUUCCAGUGUUUCACGAUGGUUUAUUCUGCUAGUGGUUGACAGUACUGUUAUUCAUGACAUUUCCUGUAUUAGUUCCCUUUGACACUUGUAUGAGCUCUAUAUUCAAUA